CAAAUCUUUCUUGGUUUGGUCGUUUUGAUUGCUGAAUGAUCGAAAUUUAUUUAAUAUUUAAAAAAAAAAAUGGGAGCUGCGGGACUUUGGUCAGAUAAAUUGGGUGUUUGUUUGUUUGUUUGUUUGUUGCUAGGUUUUUGUUUUGGUCAGACUGCUCUUUAAUGCUUGCAAGAUCGUUCAUUUAUUCUUGUAGUUGUAUGACUCCGCCACUUGGGUUUUCUUCGCUGAAGCUGGCUUUUUGAUUUGCUUUAAUGCAACGUGGUGGACAUGUACCGCGUUUUGGUGAUUGGAACCAAAAUGCUGCCUACACAACAUAUUUUGAUUCGGCACGCAAGGGGAAAGCUCCUGGAGCAACCAUUCUCAACCCAAAUGAUCCAGAGCAGAUGGCAGAGCUCCACAGAGCUGGAGGUCAGCCUGUAGAGCCUCAAUAUCCCAAUCAAGGCCACAGGGACAAACCGACAGAGUAUGAUGGGGCAAAUCAUCAUCCGAGAGCAAACUAUGGCAGAGAAGAAAGGGAAGCUCCACCACAGUCUAGAAAUAGUAGCCAGCGAUCUAAUGUGGAUCAGCAAGGUAGGAACCAUGGAACUCAUAGGAGCAUGGAAGAAGCUGGUCAAUUUCCUUCCCAAUCACCAGUGACACAGAGGAGAGCAGCAAACGCUCUACAAGGAACAACUGGACGCCAAAGAGCCACAGCGAUUCCCAAAUUUGGAGACUGGGAUGCACCGGAUCCUAAAUCAAAUGGAUACACAGUCAUCUUCAACCAAGUUAAAGAAGAUAGGAAGGCUGGCGCUGCAACUCACAUUCCACCAAUUUCCCCUCAGCCUGUACAUCCACCAACAUACCCGUCACACAGGCAAAAGAAGUCCUUCUGGAGCUGGCUCUGUCGAUUCUUUCAUCCAAGGGCAUCUAACUGAUCAAAUGAAGCCACAUCAGGCGAGAAGAUGGACGGUUCCUUAGUGUUUACUCAUUCUUGUUUAUGUACAGGAUGAUGCAUAUAAGCAAAGUAUUAGAUGGCCAAUUUGUUUGAUAUGUUCAGUUUGUUGUUGCUGUUUUGUGGAUUCAAAUAAUCGAGGUUCAGUUCUCAGAGAGAGUGGAGUGAUCUAGUGAAACAAAGUGUAAGAUUCAUAAGAAAACUCAUCUGUGUUCCUUAUCUAUUGAUUAGUGUUCAAUGUUCCUUUGUUCUUUUAA